GGGGGGAGAAAAGGAGCGAGGAGCUGGCCAGCGGCGAGCAGCCUCGCUGGAGCUGCGCACAGUCUGGAGCUCCGGCGUGAGAGUUUUUGGGCUUUCCAGCUGAAGCCGGGCCCCCUGGUCGGCCAGGAGCGGAGAUGGAGAGGCGGGUGUUCGAGAGGUCCUUCUGUCAUCUGUCUACCUACAGACUGGUUUGGUUCUUGGCCGCAGUGAUGCUAUGCAAGGCACAAGUGCUGACCCGCGAUGAAAGAAAUCUGCUGAACAAACCUGCUUCUUUAAGAUGCGUCCUGGAAAUUCCCCAAGAAGUCCUGAUUGUGACAUGGCAGAAAAUCAAGGCUUCAAGCCCAGAAAACAUGGUCACUUUCAGCAAGGAACACGGGGUCGUGGUCCAGCCACCCUUUAAGGAUAAGAUAAACAUAACCGAGCUGGGACUUCAGAACACAACCAUCACCUUCUGGAACACUACUCUGGACGAUGAGGGGUGUUACAAGUGUCUCUUCAAUACCUUCGGUUCCGGGAAGAUUUCAGGAACAACCUGCCUCACACUCUUUGUGCAGCCCACAGUAUUCAUUCACUCUAAUUUAUCCGAAGACCACCUAAAUGUCACUUGCUCUGCCAAUGCCCGCCCAGCCCCUGUAAUUUCCUGGAAGGUCGCUGGGUCAGGAAUGGACAACAGUACUGAGAUUAUCACACACCCCAAUGGGACCACGUCUGUCAUCAGCGUCCUCCACAUCAAAGACCCCAAGAAUCAGAUGGGGAAGAAGGUGAUCUGCCAGGUGCUGCACUUGGGGACUGUGAAUGACUACGAGGAAACUGUGAACAAAGGUUUUUGGUUUUCAGUUCCACUGCUCUUAAGUAUUGUUUCCUUGGUAAUUCUUCUGAUCCUAAUCUCAAUCUUACUAUACUGGAAGCGUCACCGGACCCAAGACAGAGCAAGGCUGCAAUCUGAAAGAAGGUGUGAUGAGUUAGAGGCAAUUUCUCUUUGCUCCAUUCCUGAUGGGAUCAUCGCAGUUACUUCCCAUGAGACUGCGACAAUAAGAUAAUAGAGCCCUAAGAGAGCUGCAAAACCCUGGAAAUUAUUCUCUGGUCUACUUGAAUCUGAUACAGGAGGAAAGUAGGAGUGAAAGGGUCAUUCUCGAGGGACCUAUGAGAGCAAAAGAAGUGGAAGUAAAAGGCCUAAGAAUUUCAAGACUUUCUACUGCCAUCUAAGCUAAUCCGUGCUUGUGCGAAUUACAAGAGGAAGUCAUUUACCUCUCAGGUCUGUUGUAGGAUUGAUUUUGUAAAGCAAUGCAGUGUUGUGCUGUUGAAUGGAUACUGGACUUAGCAUGAGGAGCCACAGUUUGAGACUGACUUUGGCCAAGACUGGUGGCAACCCCGUAUUAAUCACUAUUCAAUGAACUCCCAUGAUGGCAUCCAGAAAAUUAAGGAGUUGGACCAGAUGAUUUGCCAUUCUGCUCUAAAAACGGUGUCCUUCCAGGAGGAGGGAUAUGAGCAAAGGGAAAAAGAGAUGAGCAGAGAGAGAAAAAAGAAGUUGGAAAGGUUAAGGACCAAAGAACUUUUCUGAGAUUACCUUUUGCUUUUCUGUGGCUGUUCCAUCUCUUCUCUGCUGUUCUUAGCUCCAUGAAUCUGUUUCCUUGUCACUUAGUAUCCAAUCCACUACCUACUUACUGCUUUGCUAAUAGCUGGUCUCUCUAGAACCCUUGGUUUCACUGCUAUUCUUCAUGUAUUUCUGUGAUAUCACAAUGAAAAUUGGACUGAAUUUAUUGUGAAAUAAUAUGGCAACCUUAACUCUUCUUGCCUAUUUUUAUAGCAGAAUAAACAUUGCUAGUCUUAGACAGUAGCUCACAUUAAAAAAAAAAAAAAUGCAUGCACUCCUUGCCCCAUUUGUCUCAUAAUAUGACCCAGCCCUGUUUUAGUCAUUCUGAAUUCAGACUAGUAUGUAUAAUGGAAUAUAUAUUAUGAAUCCAGGCAUUUAGAUUUCCUAAAUAACAGUUGGCCAGUUCAAAUGCUUUGUCUUUCCUAGCUUCUUUUCCUAUGAGUUCACUUUUCACAGUAGUAGUGGAUGCAUGUCUGGGUGUAUAUUCCCUUUGUUCUAAAUAUAUUGUUUUAACUAAUGGAACAAUUUUGGAACUCUCUAAUAAUCAUAAGGCCAAAUUAGUGACUCUCAGUAUCUUUGGCUUUCUUGUCUCUAUCCAGUGACCUAGAAACUAAAACUCAAGUUGUUUUCACUGUUGAAUUGGGUAUUUAUAUUUUUAGUAAGCUAUUGAGAUGUUAUUUAAUUCUGUGUUAUUUCUUACUUUUAUAUAAGAUACCGAAGAAUUAAAAGUGUGAACUCUA